AUGCGGGAUUCCGGCGAGGUGGAGGUCCUGGAGGACGUGAUGGAGGAGGAGCAGGAUGAAUUGCUCCCCAACCCGUUCUACCCGGCCCCCGUGGUCACCCCUCCCGAUGUGACCGUCGAGAUGGAGGAGGAGGCCGUGCUGGCCGCUGAAGCUGACGAAGCCGAUGCGGAGGCUGUACCUGCUAAGUCAGACUCGAGCGAGUCCGACGAUGGAGAGGCGGGCGAAGCUGACGAGUGGAGCGACGAAGGGGAUGAGUGCGCCCUGCCCUGCGCCAGCGCCCUGCCCUGCGCCAGCGCCCUGCCCUGCGCCAGCGCCCUGCCCUGCGCCAGCGCCCUGCCCUGCGCCAGCGCCCUGCCCUGCGCCAGCGCCCUGCCCUGCGCCAGCGCCCUGCCCUGCGCCAGCGCCCUGCCCUGCGCCAGCGCCCUGCCCUGCGCCGGCGCCCUGCCCUGCGCCGGCGCCCUGCCCUGCGCCGGCGCCCUGCCCUGCGCCGGCGCCCUGCCCUGCGCCGGCGCCCUGCCCUGCGCCGGCGCCCUGCCCUGCGCCGGCGCCCUGCCCUGCGCCAGCGCCCUGCCCUGCGCCAGCGCCCUACCCUGCGCCAGCGCCCUGCCCUGCGCCAGCGCCCUGCCCUGCGCCAGCGCCCUGCCCUGCGCCAGCGCCCUGCCCUGCGCCAGCGCCCUGCCCUGCGCCAGCGCCCUGCCCUGCGCCAGCGCCCUGCCCUGCGCCAGCGCCCUGCCCUGCGCCAGCGCCCUGCCCUGCGCCAGCGCCCUGCCCUGCGCCAGCGCCCUGCCCUGCGCCAGCGCCCUGCCCUGCGCCUGCGCCCUGCCCUGCGCCUGCGCCCUGCCCUACGCCCGUGCUGCGGCCCUGCGCGUCGCGCCCUACGGCAGCCUGCCCGUCGCGCGCUGCUGCCCCGCGCGUAGCGCUCUGCUGCAGCCCGCGCGUCGCACCCUAAGGCAGCCCACGAGUCGCGCGCUGCUGCCUGACGCGUCGCGCUCUGCUGCAGCCCGCGCGUCGCGCUCUCAGGCAGCCCGUCGUGUCGCGCUCUGCUGCCCCUCGCGUCACGCGCUGCUGCAGCCUGCGCCAGCGCCCUGCCCUGCGCGCGCUGGCGCCCUGCCCUGCGCCAGCGCCCUGCCCUGCGCCCGCGCCCUGCCCUGCGCCCGCGCCCUGCCCUGCGCCAGCGCCCUGCGCUGCGCCAGCGCCCUGCUAAACCCUAAAUAA